GAUGUGAGAGAAUUUUCAGUCCUCAUUGCAAAACAACCCAACUAAACAUAACAGAUUACAUCAGCUCAGGCUUUUCAAUUCCUGGAUGGCAGCAGCGUGCUAAUCCAGCCUUCAUCCUGGAUUUCGCAAAGUAAAACAAGGGAGGCUGGCAGGACGACAGAACUGCCAGAUUGAGGAAACUGAUGACGACGGGCCCUUGUGGGCAAUACGGCUGUAUAAAGCUAAAAAAACCCGGUAAGCAGAUCUUCAGCUACUACUUCUGGUUCUUCACCAUUGUGCCUCACAGUAGAAGACCUCCACGCUGAUUUCUCAAACCAUUUGUUAAGGAAUUGGGAUUCCACCCACGAAAGAGAUGAAGAGUCUCCUGGUCUUCCUUCUGCUAUUGGCACCCAUGCAUGCUGGAUCUACUUGGAGCGGGAAAUAUGCGGUAGACUGCCCUGAGCCUUGUGAGGACACUGCAUGUAAGAACCCUCUGCACUGUAAGCGGACGGUUCUGGAUGACUGCGGCUGCUGCAGGGUAUGCGCUGCAGCCUUGGGGGAGACUUGCUACCGAACCGUCUCGGGUAUGGAUGGAGUCAAAUGUGGCCCUGGUCUGAAGUGCCAGUUUUAUUCCGAAGAAGAUGACUUUGGAGAUGAAUUUGGUAUCUGCAAAGAAUGUCCUUAUGGCACCUAUGGACUAGAAUGCAGGCGAACGUGCAAUUGUCAGUCUGGAAUAUGUGACCGAGUAACUGGGAAGUGUCUAAAGUUUUCAUUUUUCCAACUGGCGGCUUCAAAACCCCCUAACAGACGAAAAUUAAUUUCACAUACAGAAAAUGACAUGGCAUCUGGAGAUGGAAAUUCUGUAAAAGAGGACAUUGCCAAGGAGAAAGCCAUUCGCUCACCAAUAGUGAAAUGGUUAAAUCCUCGCUGAUAUCAGGCUACAUGUGCAGGACUUUCAAACUGUUACUUUCUUCAGAACUGUUGGAUGUUCACAGCUCACUUUAAGAAAGGUAGAUCUCCAGCAAUGGAAGUCUGUAAAAAUCUAAAUCUAUGUAUCGCAGGAAAAAGAGCAAACUUUCAACAUAGACUGUGUAUAGUGUAUAUGAUGUUUAGGAUAUGUUCUGAGAAGCAUUUGAAUGGUAAAAUGUAUUAUGAACUAUUGAAUGUAAAAUAUUAACAAAACUGAAAAAACCCUUUAAGCAAGUCAGCCAUCUCAGUUGUGCAAGUCCUACACCUAGUAUUCCUUAUGCUCAUUUAAAACUGACAUCCUUGUUUUGUGUACAUUUGGAUAUUGCACAGAAAUGUUGAAACAUUUGAAGCGAAUAUUUCCUGCAUUUCUGGCCUUUUAACCUCCCCGCUUCUUUUCUUUCCUUCUGCUGUGUAUAUUUAUUGGGUUGGAUCCAGACAGCUUUUCUACUGCUGGAAAAAAACCCUUUGACCACUGAAGAAGGC